AAAGUUAAAUCGGGUCCCGCCCACUUCCCCCUUUCGCUCGCAGUUUCUGUUUUCUCUGCAAAUCGUUACCAGUGACCAUUUUUGCCAGAUAAAGUGGACAAUGGCAGGAUUAGACUGGACUUAUGGUGUUUCCACUUUACGUCAAUGGGAAUCCGCAGAUUAUGAGCCUUCACUUCCUGUUUCAGAGAAGUCUAACCCCCUGACAUGUGACAUCGACCGAGCUUCGGCCUAUAGCAUUGUGAAGAUGUUACAAGUUUGUGAUUCCCAGAUGUUCCAGAAAGAGGCAGGAAUGACCUACCAGAGGCUUUUGAGUGACCAAGUGGUGAAAACCUUAAUGGAGGUUGCUAAAAGGGUGGAGGUCAUAAUAAAGGAUCCUCAGGAGAGCUGUGUUGUGAUGAGCGGUUGUGGCACUUCUGGUCGGCUGGCUUUCCUGAUCUCGUCAGGCUCCAACAAAGCACUGAGUCAGCUGAACCAAAGUGAAGUGUAUUCAUACAUCAUUGCAGGAGGAGACAGAGCUCUGCUUUCCUCUCAAGAGGCUCCCGAAGACGACCCCAGACUGGGCGUGCUCAGUCUGAAGAAGGUGUGUGAGGGAAAGAAGCGAGUCUUGUUCAUUGGCAUUUCCUGUGGACUGUCUGCUCCAUUUGUGGCAGGGCAGCUGGAUUUCUGCUUGCAGCACCCUGAAGUCUACACACCUGUGCUGGUUGGCUUCAACCCUGCACAUCAGGCCAGAGAUGAGCCCAUACAAGACUGCACCUUCACGUUUCACAGUGUGGUACAAAGGAUGCAAGAACUUGCAAAAAGCCAGAAGGCCUUCCUCAUUAACCCAGCAGUUGGGCCCGAAGCCAUCAGUGGGUCCUCCAGGAUGAAGGGAGGCAGUGCAACUAAGAUUCUCCUGGAAGUUGCCUUCUCUGCUGCUCAUGCUGCCACUUCCUCCAACACACCUAUCACACAUAAUGGUGUUCUGCAGCACAUGAUGGCAUAUGAGAGAACUCUGGCUGUCACGUACUCUCAGACUGAUGGCAUCACUACUCUGGUGGAGGCAGCGGGAGAAAGUUUGCGGUGCAGCAGGCACGUGUAUUACCUGGGCUGGGGUUCGCUGGCUUUGCUGGGCCUCAUUGAUGCCAGUGAGUGUAGACCCACAUUUGGUGCAGACUAUGAAGACGUUCGAGGCUUCAUCAGAGGAGGAUACAGAGAGCUGAAUAACAAUGACGGUCCCUUAACUUCACUGGGCCCCAAGUUCUCCAUAGCACAUGAGGACUUCCUACAUCUGAUCCUGCCGUGUCUUACUGAUAAGGACACUGUGCUGCUAAUCUACACGCACUCCGAUGACGCCACUGAAGUGGGUAACAUGGCCCGCAGAGUGAGAGAAAAGACGCCCAACCUCCAUGCUGUUUAUCACCAGGCUGAUGGAGACACAGCAGCUUCUUUACAACAAGACGACAUCAAAAAACUGUGUUUAUCUACACUAAAGAUAACUUGGCCUCAAGAAGCACUUGUUUCAGGGACCUUGCAGCAUAUGCGGGAGCUGUCCACCAAGCUGGUGCUGAACGCUGUGAGCACUGGAGCUCAUGUCUUAAAGGGGAAGAUAUACCAGAACCACAUGAUUGACCUGCAGGUCACCAACACUAAACUGUACCGCAGGGCCACGCGUUUACUCCAGAAGCUUUCUGCAUGUCCAGAGGAAAAAUGUGAGGAAGCUCUUUUAAAGGCAAUCUACCGAGUAGACAUGCUGACACUGGAGAUGACAUCCUCUGACAUCACCACACACACGUGCUUUGCCAGAAACAGCACCAAGGUGGUCCCUCUGGCUUUGGUCAUUUUACUUACCGGUUGGUCACUCGUGGAGGCGGAGUCACAUUUGAAGCAGCAGCCAAUUGUUAGGGAAGCCGUGGCUCAGUGGAUGUGGUAACGGAGGCCGUUAAGUUAAAAUCUUACAUACAAAACACAGAUUUGAGCACUUUUAUCUCACUUUUAAAUGAACAUACUUCUGUUUUAAUUUAAUGUGAUUGAAAUAAAAUAAGUAAAUUAAAAAAAGUGUGUUUUCUAAGAUAAUGAAAGUUUUAGCCUUUUUGACUCAAAUUCACUAAACUAUGUUAGAAAGCCUGACACUCUAUGUUCUGUAAGUGUUUUCUGGAGUUUAAAGGCUCAGCAGGAUCUGUCUGUGUGAUGUAAGUCAAUCUCAAUCCCUCUUUUGCUCAACUUACUCACAGGUAGGGGAUUAGUGUGGUUUAUGUGUGAGUAUCUUGAGAGAGAGGUUGAACAGCUUUGGAACUCCACUGGAGGAGAGCCAAACACAGCGGCAAAGCCCAGAGAGAAGGAGGUCCCAAGAAGAUGAAGUGCACAUCAGGUCUGGAUCAGAAAGCGUUAGGACACAAUUCUCAGCAUUUCUGUUUGCCACCUAUAAAAUCACAGUGAUUUUACUUCAUAAACCAUUUAUUACUUACACUACUGGCUGUUUGAUUUUGUAGCAUGAUGUUAACAAGUGCAGGAAAAAAUGGAAGUAAAGGGCCUGAGAUCAUUGCACUUUAUUAUGUGUAAGACUAAAGCCGGGAAGUGAUUAGCGUAGCUUAAUAACCUGAAAGUAGAAGGACACAUCUUGCUCUCUCUCAUUUCUUGGGUUUCGAUCUAUACACAGAAACAAAUUUGUCACACAAUCAAAGUGUCUAAUUGUCUCUAAACUGCUACUAGUGAAAGUUCCUUUCACCUGUAGCUUUUGAGUUUAUAGGCGUUUAGCCAUGCUAGCUGUUUCUUUCUGGUUAGAUGCCAUGCUAACCUAAGCUAAUCACCAUGUAACUAGACUUAUUAAUGUAAGUUUGCGUUUCAGUACUCUAAAGCUGGGCAUGUUAACAUGGUGGUCUGUGGGUAUAACUCACUUUUGGAGCAACCUCAAGUGGCCAUUAGAGGAACUGACAUUUUUAGACAUUUCACUGCAUUUAACAAUCAUUUACAGAUGAGGACAGAAUUAUUAAACAAAUCAGGGCCUUGUGCUGGCCAGUCAGUCACAUUCACUUAGGUCUUCUGGGGCAGUUUUUCACACACACCGCAAGAUCUGAUAUCUCCGUGUUGGCGUUGUCCCAACAUCAAAAUAACGAUAGUCCCAGAUCAACAUCGCAACUAACCAAUAUGUCUGAGCAUUCAAUUAUCUUUAGUCAAGAAGUUAACUAAUGCUAUUAAAAAGUAUCAUUAGCAAACCAAAUUUAGUAACCUAAAUUUGGCUAAGAGGAAACCAAACUUGAUAAUAUAUUCAUUAUAUCAAUAAAAUUUAUAAAGAAAACACUUCAAAUUCUUACCAUUUGUCUGACAAGAAAGUUUUAUAUAAAGAAGGGUAUUUUUCUUCUUUUUUUAUCCACAUUGCGAAGCUAUGACAACAUGAUUGCUUAGUUGCAAUGUUGAUCCUGGAACGAGGUUAACACACCAAAACAGGCAUGUUAGAUACACUGUUCUUCACCAGAAGCAACAUAUGUUUUGGGUUAUGGUCAUGUUGGAAAAUAAAGUGAUGACCCAAACACAGUUUUGCUGCUGACUGCUUGAGGUUUUCUUUAAAAAUCUUCACAUAUCCUUUCUCCUUCAUGAUUCCUUCCACAUUGACAAGAUUCCCAGUUCCAGACACACUGAAGGAUCCCAACAUCAUAAUACUCUCACCACCGUGUUUCACUGUGGGGAUUGCGGUGUUAUUGGGUUAUACAGCACAAAACUACUAAGUGCCUGCCGGACACGUGGCAAUUGGUUGAUCAAAUGAACGCUGGUAUUUUCUGGAGAGAAGAGCGGAAACUUGUCAGUGUGGACAUCGCACUCCUAGGCUCCACUCAACAAGAACUUACGAGAGGCAGCGAAGACCGGAUUAUGAAUAAGCGCCAAGAAGACAAGUACUUCGUGUGGGUUAUGCUUACAUUUGAGUACCAGAGUACAAGUUGACGAAGUUGAGAAUUUCUGCUACCUAGGUAGCAUUAUCUCAAACGACGAUGUCUCCGAUUGAGAUGUCUGUUCCAGGAUUGGCAUGGUGUCUGGAGUUACAGCACAUCUGGAACUCAACUUUACUGAACACGCCGAUCAAGAUUCAUCUGUUCAACUCCAUUGUUAUCCCAAUCACCCUCUACGUUAGCGAGACAUGGCAAUCAACAAAUGCAACAAUCCGUCAGCUGAACGUGCUCCAACAACGUGGCCUCCGGCAAAUUCUGGGACCGGAUAAUGAACAAAGAGGUGCUACAAAGAGCAGGCAUGCUUCCCCUAGCCGAUAUUGUUGCUCAACGUUGAUUUCGGUUUGCAGCAAAAUUCCUUUGCCUACUCCUUCACCGGCCAGCCAAAGUCGCCAUGACAUGGUUUCCACAUAGAGGGAAACGCAAAAGAGGAGGUCCUAAGACCACCUGGUGCCGGACCAUAAUAGAUGAUCUGGAGCAUGCCAGCAUUAACUUGGAUGAAGCCGAAGCAAUAGCAGCUGAUCAACAACAAUGGACAUCAAUAGCUGGCCGAUGCGCUGCAUGGUGUAGGAGAAACUAAAGACUAAAGAAAAGACCACUCUCCAAUCUUUCUUUAAACAUAAUCAAUGUUUCUAUGACCAAAGAGCUCUAGUUUCAUUUCAUCUGACUAAUAGACGUACUUCCACGAUACA